UACGUCUACCACGGCGACUCCGGCAAAGCCGUCAACUGCUACUACUGCCCGCACUGCACGACCCACAUUUACCACCACCAGGAAGUCAUGGGACCGGACACGAUUGUCGUCCGGACCGGGUUGAUUAAAGAGGGGAGGGAGAAAUUUGAGGUGGGAGCGGAGAUUUUUGGGAAGGCGAAGAUGGACUUGGAGCCGAAGAUUGCGGAGACUUUUGAGACGUUGUCGCCGAGUUAG